AUGCAUAUUGUUCCAGAUAUAGAUGAGUGCGCCGUGAAUAACGGAGGCUGCAGACGCCAGUGUGUGAACUAUCCUGGAUGGUACAAAUGCAACUGUCCGCGAGGCUUCCGCCUUGUUUCCGGAAAAGCAUGUAGAGGUAUGUUUAAAUCAGAAAUAUUUUGUAAUAAAAGCCGCUUUACCAUGUUGGAAAGAUUAAUUUACAUCGCAGUGCCUCUCCAUGUCCUUUGGUUGGUUAAAUAUAACUCACGCUAACCUCUCGACGAUACCUCGCCUCCCGACGGUUCUCCCCCCCCUUAAGGGUUUCCACUUCGUGUUUUCUAGGGCCACUUAGAGCAUUUUUCUCGUUUUGAUUGGUUAUUGGGGAUUUCUUGGGUCUAGGGUUUUCCCCAUCCAAAUCGAAUGCAUUGUCAUCAAAAGACAAGGAAGCUUCAGGUAACCCGGACCACUAUAAUUAUAUUUACAGAUGUUUCUAAAAAAAAUGUAUUUAACAAUGCAUUAUGUACAGGUAUUACAUGCAACCAAGAACAAUUUUUGAUCAAUGGAAUAGGUGAAGUAGUCUAAGUAUGUCAUAACUAUUAGACAAACGACAAUACUCUAUCUCUAUUAAACGCUACAAUAAAUAACAAUCUUUUUUUUUUUCAAUGAACUUUUCUGUUUUCUCAUAGAUAUUAACGAGUGUGUCAGCAACAACGGAAACUGCCACCAUACCUGUAGAAAUCUGUUCGGCAGCCAUCGCUGCAGCUGCGAUAAGGGAUUUAAUUUAAACAGCAAUGGAAGGACCUGUUCAGGUAACAUUAACCACAUAUAAAUUGUAAUGGCGAGGCACGCAGCGCGCGCAACAAAACAUUGUAAUGAUAUUGUAAAUAAUGGUGAAAAUAGUAAUAAUAAUAAAAAAUAUCAAAACAAGGAAAUUUGCUUUGUCAGGUAACUAUAAGUCCGAACGUGCAAGUUUCUCAACUGUAUUCCGGAACAUCUAUCCAUUACGUUAGUAGAAGGGUUCAGGAGCAAGUAAUGCACAUGCACGAUUACAUGCUAUUCUUGAAAUCCGAUUCCUAUUGCAUAGAAAAUCAAGAUAAAGUGCACAAACUGGAACACAAGCCCUUGGUACAGCGUAGCGCGGGCACAUACCUGGGCAUCAAACAUGGGCUUCACGCGGAUUGGUAGAUGAACAGCCGCACAAUCAAUAACUUUUCAGCCGCAUUUUGGGCGAGAAACCAUACUUGUUAAUACUUCAUACUACUAUGGUUGUCAGAGCCUCAUGCUGUCAGGGUUUCACAUUGUCGUGCAUUCAGGGUUUAAAAGUAUCACAGCUGAUAGGGUCUCGUUCUGGCACGGAUAAAGGCUUCGUAUUGUGAUGGUUGUCAGGGCUUCACGCUUUCAUGGUUAAUAGGGCGUCAUAAUCUCAUGGCUGACAGGGCUACAUACUGUCACGGUAUAUUACGGUAUACUGUCAUGGUAUCAUAAUGCCCCGGCUGUCUAGGCCUCAUAUUGUCAUUGCUGUCAGGGCUUUAAGUUGUCACGGCUGAUAGGGUUUCAUGCCGUCACGGCUAUCAGGGCCUUAUAAUGUCAUGGCUGUCAGGGCUUCAUACUGUCACGGCUUUCAGGACUGCAUACUAUCACGACUCUCGGGGCUUCUCACUGUCAUGGCUCUCAGGGCUUCAUACUGUCAUGGCUAUCAGGGCUUCAUACCGUCACGGCUCACAGGGCUUUACACCAUCAUGGCUGUCAGGAUUUCAUGCUGUCACAGGUUUCAGGGCUCCACGCUAUCAUGGCCAUCGGCGCUUUAUAUUGUUAUGGCUAUCAGGGCUUCAUACUGUCAUGGCUGUAGGAACUUUGUACUGUCAUGGCUCUCAGGGUUUUAUACUGUCAUGGCUGUCACGGCUUUACACGGUCAUGGCUAUCCCGGCCUCAUAUUGUCAUGGCUAUCAGGGCUUCAUAUUGUCACGGCUGGUAGAGCUUCAUGCUGUCAUGGCUGUCAGGGCUUUAUACUGUCGUGGUUUUCAAGGCUUUAUACUGUCACGGCUUUCAGGGUUUUAUACUGUCACAGUUAUAAAGGCGUCUUAUUGUGUUGGCUGUCAGGGCUUUAUACUGUCUUGGUUGUCAAGGCCUCAUACUGUCACGGCUUUCAGGGCUUCAUAUCGUCACGGCUAUAAGGACGUCGUAUUGUGAUGGCUGUCAGGGCUUUAUACUGUCACAGCUAACAAGGCUUCAUGCUGUCGCGGCUACUAGGAUCUUUUACUGUCACGGCUAUCAGGGCCUUUUUCUAUCAUGGCUGUCAGGACUUCAAACUGUUACGGCUGUCAGGGCUUUACACUGUCAUCACAAUUAGGGCUUUACAUUGCUACUGGUGUCAGGGCUUCAUACUGUCACGGCUGUCUUGGCUUCAUACUGUUAUGGCUGUCUUGGCUUCUUACUGUCACCGCUGCCAGGGCUUUAUACUGUCAUGGCUAUCAGGGCUUUAUGCUGUGAUGGCUGUCUGGGCUUCAUACCGUCAUGGUUGAUAGGACUUCAUACUGUUAUGAUUGUCACGAUUUCCUACUGCUACAGUUUUCAGGGCUUUAUACUAUCAUAGCUAUCGGAGCUUCAUAUCUUUAUGGCUGUCAGGGCUUCAUACCGUCACAGCUGACAUGGCUUCAUAAUGUCAUGGCCGUCAGGGCUUCACACUGUCAUGGCUGUCAGGGCUGCACACUGUCACGGCUGACAGUGAUUCAUACUGUCACGGCUGACAGUGAUUCAUACUGUCACGGCUGACAGUGCUUCAUGCUGUCACGGCUGACAGGGCUUUAUACUGUCACGGCUGACAGGGCUUUAUAUUGUCAGGGCUGUCAGGGCUUUAUACAGUCAUGGUUGUUAGGGUUUGAUACUGUUACAGCUUUCAGGGCUUUAUACCAUCACAGUCAUCGGAGCUUCAGAUUGUUAUGGCUAUCAGGGCUUCCCACCGUCAUGGCUGAAAGGGCUUCAUACUGUUAUGGCCAAUAGGGCCAACAGGGCUUUAUACUGUCAUGGCUGUCAGGAUUUCCUACUGUAUUGUCAUGGUCAUAAAGGCUUCAUACUGUUAUGGAUGUCAGGGCUUUAUAAUGUCAUGGAUGUCAGGGCUUCAUACUGACACGGCUGUCAGGACUGUAUACUGUCAUGGCUGUAAGAAAUUUAUACUGUCAUGGCUCUCAGGGCUUUAUGCUGUCAUGGUUGUUAGGGCUUUACACGGUCAUGGCUCUCCCAGCCUAAUAUUGUCACGGCUAUCAGGGCUUCAUACUGUCAUGGCUAACAGGGCUGUAUACUGUCAUGGCUAUUAGGGCUUUAUACCGUCAUGGCUGACAGGGCUUUACACUGUCACGGCCAUCAGGGCUUUAUGUUGACAUGGUUGACAGACUUCAUACUGCUACGGCCAUCACGUCUUCAUACUGUCACGGCUGAUAGGUCCUGUCAUGGCUAUCAGGGCCAUAGACUGUCAUGACCUCUCAGGGCUUCAAACUUUCACGGCUGUCAGGACUUUAUACUGUCAUCCCUAUCAGGGCUUUAUACUGUCACUGCUGUCAGGGCUUCAUACUGUCAUGGCUGUCAUGGCUUCUUACUGUUACGGCUGUCAUGGCUGACAGGGCUUUAUACUGUCAUGGCUGAAAGGGCUUCGUACUGUCACGACUGACAGUGCUUUAUACCGUCAUGGCUGUCAGAGCUUCAUACUGUCACGGCCGACAGGGCUUUACAUUGUCAUGGCUCUCAGGGCUUCAUACCGUUAUGGUUGUCAGGAUUUCCUACUGUUACAGCUUUCAGGGCGUUAUACUAUCAUGGCUAUCGGAGCUUCAUAUUGUCAUGGUUAUUAGGGCUUCAUACUGUCAUGGCUGUCAGAGCUUUAUACUGACACGUCCGACAGGGCUUUGCACUGCCAUGGCUAUCUGUGCCUCAUACUGUCACGGCUUAUACGGCUGUCAGGGCUGUAUACUGUCAUGGCUGUGAGAAAUUAUACUUUCAUGGCUCUCAUGGCUUUAUGCUGUCAUGGCUGUUAGGGCUUUACACGGUCAUGGCCCUCCCAGCCUAAUAUUGUCAUGGCUAACAGGGCUGUAUACUGUCAUGGCCCUUAGGGCUUCAUACCGUCAUGGGUGUCAGGGCUUUCUACUGUCACGCUAUCAGGGCUUCAUACUGUCAUGGCUAACAGGGCUUUUUACUGUCAUGGCGAUUAGGGCCUCAUACUGUUAUGGCUGACAGGGCUUCAUAUUUCCACGGCCAUUAGGGCUUUAUACUGUAAUGGUUGACAGGGAUUCAUACUGCCACGGCCAUCACGUCUUCAUACUGUCAUGGCUGACAGGGCUUCAUAUUGUCAUGGCCAUUAGGGCUUUAUACUGUAAUGGUUAACAGGGCUUCAUACUGCCACGGCCAUCACGUCUUUAUACUGUCAUGGCUGACAGGGCUUCAUACUGCCACGGCCAUCAGGUCUUUAUACUGUCAUGGCUAUCAGGUAUUUAUGCUGUCAUGGCUGUCAGUGCUUCAUACUGUCACGGCUGUCAGCGCUGUAUACUGUCAUGGCUGUCAGGGCUUUAUGCUGUCACGGCUAUCAGGGCCUCAUACUGUUAUGGCUAUCAGGGCUUAAUACUCUCAUGGCUACUAGGGCUUUAUACUGCUAUGACGAUCAGUGAAUGAGUGAGUCUGGUGGUUGUUCAUGUUACUCGACCACCAUCUUGUUAAGUUGACCACGUUAAUAUAAAGGAAGUUGGUUUUGGAAAGUUAAUGGUCUCAUUACUUGUCAGAAAGUUUAUAAGAACCACCGUUUUCAGGUUUGACGUCGUGUCUACUCACGUUUGAAAAUAUUUUCUGUAGUUAGACGUUAUCGAGGCAGUAGUAGUUAGAAUCAGCAGCAUGUAUGUAGCUAAUUAGAAUUAGGGUUGUGAUGGUGAUGUCGAACAGUAGCCUUUGUUUUUUCAGACAUUGAUGAAUGCAAGUUAGGUCACGACUGUCAAGGCAUUUGUAGCAAUACUCUUGGUGGAUACAAGUGCUCCUGUAACAAAGGAUAUCAACUAACGACUGAUAACAGGACAUGCACAGGUAAUUUUUGGAACCAAACUCGAAAAUUGGAACGCAGGAUUUCAUGUACGGUAAGUUCUGCGUUUUAGAUUUGAACCAUGAUAUUAAGCGCUUUCCAACAAUAAAUGGUACUUCUCAGAGGUCUGUUGCUUUCGAAGCAACAGCGAAGGAUUUCUUAAAAUGUGGAUUUGUACCGUUCCUUUAAAUGGAAUUAACGUAUUGAUAAAAACUCAUCAGAUAGUUUUUCGUAGAUGUCGAUGAGUGUGACCAAAAAACCAUCGCUGGAAGUAAAGAAACAGCCACUCUUUCUGGUUGUCAUCACAUCUGCACGAACGUUGAAGGAAGUUUUCAGUGUUCUUGUAGGAAAGGAUAUGCGCUGAUGUACGACAAGAGGCAGUGUAAAGGUUAGUGUGCUACCUUAUUUUUCCGGAUUGCAUUGUUGAGCAAGCAAACGGAUAAAAAAUAAAGCCGCAUCAAAAUGGCAAAUAAUUUCUUUGUGAACUUCUGGGAAAAAUAAACUUAAAGAAAAGGAAACUCUGAAAAAAAAUCGAUUUUCCAAAGAUCAAAAAGCUUAUUUCCCUAAAAUUGUAAGGUAGUGUGGCCAAGUGGCUGCGCACUGAGGGGAAAGAUAGCCUGAGGUUAAAAGCCUUCGCACCGAUGCUCGCGGAAAUUAUUCAUGAGCUGGAUUUGUUUUUAAUAGUUCUAAAUUCAUCUAUUAAGCUGCACUAUGUAAAAAGCCAACUGGUCCUCCUCCUACUAGUUGGGAUUUUUAGGCAAUUGCUGUUUAUUCGGACUCUGUUUCAAGACUAACCUAAAAUGGCACUUAAAAAACCACUAACGCACAACAUGUACUUCAUUUCCAUGCAGCUUAACAUCUUGUUUCUGAAUUACGAGUUGUCUGGACAUGUUCACUGAUUGCGACUGCCUCAUCUGUGCGUAGAAGCAAUUACACUUAUUUAAAGGUUCUAUUUUUCUUUGAAUAUCAUUUCAACCGGUUUCCUCGAAAUAAAUCAUAUCCCUAUACUCUCUUCUGUCUUGUCCUUAGAUGUUGACGAAUGCCACACUGGAAGCCAUUCCUGUGAACAUUACUGCCACAACACGGACGGUAACUACUUUUGCUCAUGUAGACCAGGCUACACAUUGUCAUCAGACGGGAAAAAGUGCAAAGGUUCGUCUUCAAGAGCGAUUUGUCUUUUUGUAUUCGAUGCUGACUCAUUGAUUUAACUUUUUCAGAAUAAUCAGAAAGGUUCUCGAGAAGCUCUUUUGUGCACAUUGUCUAUACGUCACUUCCUUACUCCUUCGAAGCAUGAGAGUAAAAGGUUUCGAAAUAUCAGUUUGAAGUUAAAGUGGUUUAAUUCACUAACCUUUAAUUCAUUCUUGUGCAAGGCGAAUAAGUGUUCAAAUAACAAUCAUCAAUGCUAACUUUUAAGGUGGCAGGCAACCACAAUAACAUCAAAACUCAGAUAUAAUCAAAGGAGUUUAGUGUUUCUACUAACGCCUUUUUGUUUGUUAUCACUGGUGCGCUUCAGCUUUCUGUCCUUUCUUUUCCCUUCCACAAAUGAGGCAGUACGAGGUCAAAGCCUUGAACACAACCGCUGAACUAAGGAUUGAGCUUAAAAACGAAAAGAACGUUCGAGUUUGUUUACAACAGUCACAGGUAUUCACCAAUUGCGGCCAAAAUGGACUGAAAAAGAGUAAGGGAAUUUAGGAGAUGAGUAAUAAAUACGUCUGAAUUGUCCUUGAAUGAACGAGCUCAUCGCUGAAAACUCUUGUAACAAUCUUCUAGCUCAGCCUUGUGAGAAGAUUUUUUCACCACCUCAUGGCGGAAUGAAUUGUUCAGGACUUGUAACUGAUGCCACUUGUUCAUUUUCUUGCGAACCUGGAUAUGAUUUGGUUGGAUCACAGUCGAGAACAUGUCUUGCUUCUUCAAGGUGGAGCGGAAAACUUCCUUUCUGUCAAGGUAACUGCCGUCCUUCUUUCUCAAGAGAGUAAAAUUGCGGGCACAGCUCAUUUCUUUCUCAAAGAGUCCCGAUGUAUUUAUAAGAACGGAUAAUCCUUUUUAUCACACGACAAUCUGGUAUACAGUAUUGAUAUGUUGGAUCAAAUCGCUGUCAGUAGUGCCUGUCUAUAAGUCACAUGCGUCUCCCUCUAUCUAAUAAACUCGAUUACUGCACAGGACGAAAUCACAUGUUUCCGUAUUUCUGAAACGUGGCGGAAACAUGCAACUCCAUGUUUCCGUUAUGUUUAAAAAAGUGAAAGUGGUCCGGUUCCGUUGUAUACGCAGCAACGGAAACGCGAGAAAACGUCACGAAACCGGUAACGGAAACACAGGUUAUCCGUCGUGUUUCCGGAACGGUUUAACAUGUUUCUGCCACGUUUCCGUUUACGGAUUCUUGCAAUUUCGUCCUGUGCUGGAUAUUGAAGUACUUCUAGAGUUCAAAUUUGCUCAGCCCCUGAAUGGUGUAUGAACGUUAUCCCACGCCUAAGCCAUACAUGUUUGGUGGCUGAAAUUCAGAAAGCGCUCAGAUUUUUGAGGUGUUGGAGCUGUGAGUGAUUCAAUUAGCUACUUACGUCCGAAUUUGGACUUAAUUUUGGGUAAUUGAACCGUAUACCGAUGUAUGUCAUACUAUGAUAAUCCAAUCUAAAAGCAAACUAAUCCUGCAGUUCCAAGAACUAACCCAUAUUUUUCCUCUCCCUUAGCAAAACAUUGCAAGACGCUGACCGCCCGUGGGAAUCAAACUAUUUCAAUGCCUUGUUUUACCUCCCUUGGCUCAACUUGCCAUUUUGGAUGUCGUCGUGGAUUUUUCUUGGUGGGAGAUGGAGAAGCCAAUUGUAGCCUCAAUUCCAAGGGUGACGACGUUUCUUGGAACUUUGGGAGGUUUUCUUGUAAAAGUAAGUUUCAAGGUAGAACAAAAAAGAAAAAAAAAAUGAGAAUCAGCUGUGGCAUGUUAAUGAGAUGACUUAAACACCCACACGCUUUUAGGGAGCUGACAUCGAAUUCUUUUGAUUUAUGGGUCUCUUGGGGAAAUGUAUAAAGUAUUUGUCAUGUACAGAUUUAUGUAAAUUUCGUGCGUCAUACAAAUUCUGUAUUCACUAAAAAAACUGAUUAUCUAAAAUAUCAAAAGCAGAAAAAAAAAGAAAAACAAAUAGCUACAGACAGACAAACGUAACUUACAAAAUUCAAAAUCCGCAAAACUUGUCGAACCAAUUCGAAUGAAUCAUUCACUAUUUAUUAUUUUUUUGUUGCCACAGGGAUCAAGACUUGCCAGCCAAAUCCAUGCAGAAAAGGAGGAAAAUGUUCAACGUUGAACGAAAAGGACUACACCUGCGAUUGUAAAGGCACUGGAUAUAAAGGAAGUCAUUGUGAAACUGGGCAUGUCGUGACACCGAUCUUUCCUAAACUACUAACUAAAAAGAAAUCCAGGAGGCUUUUCCUUCUAGCACGACCAUCGAGACGCCUCAGAGUAGUAUUAACAUCCGAGAAAGAAGUUGCAUUUCAGCCACAAUCAGCGGUCUUUGACCCUUCAAAUACAAUGGACGGAUUUACAGUAUUAGCGGAAAAACCAGGAAUCCGAAGGAUCACAUACGAUCUUGAGGGUGAAAGUAAGAACGAUUUUGAAGCUCCAGCACCAGGCGUGUUAUUCAGUGCCCCAAAAAUGUCCCUUAAUGACAGCCUCAGCACAAAAGUGUUCCUUCGCAAAGGUGAGCUACCCAUUGGCUGCGAGGAAAAUCAGACAAAACUUUCAUGUGAAGUACGCCUAUUAUCUACCACACCGUGGACUAGGAAUCCUUUCUCUACCAGUGGCAUUGUGCAUAUCACCGCUUCCAACAACCAAAAUAUUCCUCUCUCGUUAAUCGGUUUAAAUCCAAGGGAUGGCGUCUCGCGGGAUAAGAUGAUCGAGGCUGGUAUUUCCAUGACUUCGUCUACCAAAAAAUACGCACUUUUGCUUUCACGAAAUGGAACAUGCCAAGCGAGAGUUACAGACUCGAACAGUCUACUUGAACUCAUACAGAAUGACGCAUUCCUGUCUUCGUUUAUGGAGGCUCUUUCAUUGAUGGCACCAGAAUGGCUUUCAUUCUCUGUCGACGAGAACAACAACGCUUUUGACAUUCAGAACAUUGCUGCUAGUCUAACAUCUGGUUUGGAACACUGCUUAGGAUUUCCCUUAAAUCGAGCAUCAAGUCUCGUCUAUUACCGUCCUGUUGUGAGUUUCAAAAUUCGAGUUGCACAAACUGAUGUUUCUUUAUUCGCAGAUGGAACCACCUGCUUUGCAAUUAACAUUUGCAACCCUGGUUUGUUUGUCAGCCUUUCCGAGGGGCCUGCCUAUCUUUUAAAGAGUUCUCUGAAUAUUUUCCGAGACAUGCAGGAUAAUGGGCUCAGUCUUCAGGUGGAUUCUAUUGGCCUUCAUAGAGACAAGGAAACUAUUCGUUUUGUAAAUGGAAUUAUUUGGAAUGGCAAGAAGUUACAAAAAUUGUCCCCGCUCCCCUUCAAUAUGUGGCUAAAAGGAAACCUGAACUGGAAAUUUGGGGUUCCGAAGCUCCUUCUCUUGUCAUUUAGGAUGAGGGGGGAUGCCAUCAUCAGAACCGAACAUAUGGACAGUGUAAGUAUAUAAAAAAUAUAUUUUUGUUUUGUUAAUUUCAUUACUGAAGUGAAUUCUGACUUGAUUUUCGGCUAAACCACUGUUAUGUUAAGAGCUAAACAAACCUUUGAUUUUUUUAUACAUAACUAAACAGCUAUUUACCAUUCUCAUGUCACAACGGAUGGACAUGCAAUUAAGAGGAGAAGCAUCUCUGAAUGUUUCUGGAAGAGCACUCAGGAAAGACUUUAUCUUGAAACUUGGUUCAAUCAAAGCAAGUGGAAAAGCUCUCCUGGGAGGUAGGAAAUUUCAUAGUCUGCAAAUAUGAUUUUAAUUUUUUUAAAGAAACACGAGAUAAAGCGAAGAACAGUAAUGCAAAAUGUAACUUAUAUCUGAGCCAUCAAUUCAGAAAAAAUGUCGAUCGAUGCGACCAAGAGCUGUUAUCUUUGAAAGAGUGAGCUUUUUCCUAUUGCUUGAUAAGGGGUUUCUAUAGAGGCCGGUUAAGGGUGGUAUAAGACUUCUUACUGCAGUUUGUCUUGCGUACCCCCAGCUUCCCUCAGGAGAGAAGCUGUCUAUCGCAUCAUCAGCAGCUGCAUAUCGAAAAAGUUAUUGAAACCCGUGCUUGUAUUUGUCCAAAUUUCUACGGGUAUCAGAAAGAAACUACAGAACUCGUGAAAUAUCCGCACGCGUCACAUUUAAAUCAUCGAAAUCGGCGAAUUUAGUACCUUGCUAGGCAAUUGCUGUUAUUUUUCGAACAUUCAUUUCCUGUCAUGCCACAUAUGCUAUUGAUAGCAGAAGGCAUUUCUAUUCAGCUGUGUAUCCAACGAGGUCUUGAUAGAACAAAUGAAGCUAGAUUUUCUAACACAUUUCUUUUGGGCACUCCAAACGUUCCGCGUGGUUCAUAUUUCGAUGACUAAAUGCUGAUACAUAAACCGAUAAUUAAGCAUGAUUCUUUUUUUUCGGUUUUCUAAGGAAAAGGUGAAUGCAGCAAGAAUGUUCGAGGCAUCUUCUUAGAACUAGAGAAAUCUGCCAGCAACUUUUUGAAUGAAAGCCCUUUUGCAACUCACAUUCGGCCAAUAGAGAAUCAACCUGUUCGUUUGGCAAUGCUCAUGUCAGUGAGCGGAGGAAUGCAAAACACAAUUGUCAACAUGGGUGAAGUUAAAAGCUUUCUUUCCAGCAUUAUUUCCCUAAUACCUGAUCUGGAAGAUGUUGUCAUGAAAGCCAAAGAAGUUAUGCCACAUGGUGAAAUUGCUCUGCAAAAAUCUUUAGAUAUUUUUUCGGAAACGAACGUUUCCGUAAACGAACUGGAAAAGAUGAUAACUGGAGACACAAUGGAAGUUACACGAGGUCUGACUCUCCUUAACCGCAUAGAAAAUAAUUUAAAAUACUUAAUAAGCAUCACAGAUGUCAUCAUAGACCAUAUUCCCUCCUCAAGCAACAAAGGAAAAUAUGCAGAGCUUUCGACCAGAAUUGAUGGGAUUCAGGCAAGAUUUCCUCAACAAUUACGUCCCAAUCUUGACGGAGAACCAAUUGACCAAACCUUUAACGGAAUAAGCUUCUAUUUCAGAGGUAAUAUUUGCAUGAAACAUCUGUGUCUUAAGGAUUUAGGCACAACAGUUGACUACCUUACAGAGAGAAACUGUGUUUCUAACACACCACAUACAUCAGUGUUCAGAGGCAGAGGGGAAGCCUUAGUGCAGAUGGCUCUAAGUAAAGACAACAUAUUGACACUCCCUAUGGGAAACUUCAUUGAUUUCAUCUUUCCGAGAGACUCUGAGACUGUGUCAGCUCAUUUCGUAGGAAGAAGUAGUGUUUUGGCCGUUAUUCAGCACGUUGAAGUUUCAUUAAAUGAGAAUCAGCUGUCGUUUGAAAUGCAAGGGAAGAUAUUUGAUAGAUAUAUGGCGAACAUGGAUGUGGUGGCAAAGAUUGGUCAUGCUACAGAUUGGAGCUCCUUAAUCUUUGCAGUUAACGGACGAAUGUCAAAUUCUUCACAACUUUCAAAUCUUCUCCAAAGUCAAGUGACGACCUUCGCCAGUUUCUUAGCAGAAAAAGCUGCCAAACGAAUUGAAAGGUGUGAGAGAUCGAUUUUGAGUGCUGAAGAAAGGCUGAAGAAUGCAAAGGAGUUGAUGAAGAAGAAAAAGGCAAUUGUCGAUGAAGCGUCAUUAGAAAAGCGACGGAGGCUUUCCAGAUUCCAAAGAUUAAGCGCGGCAUAUGGGAAAGCAUCAAUAGAGCUUGAGUCUUCCUUGGAUCAGUUUUUGAAAGUAAAGAACAGAAAAACAUGCCAGUUUUUAUCCUGUGACUUUAUCGAUGCCAACACUUAUAUACCAGCGGUUUGUCAAAAGCCAGUGUUUGUGAAUUACACCGUCCCCGUUUGCCGUAAAGUAAAGGAAACGCUGAAAGAAGAAGUCAUUGUUUCAAAAGUGGUGAAGGAAAUCGAAAUGGUCCAAACUUCUAUAGUCACAGAAGGUGGUAACUGUGGGAAAUCUGGGAAUAUUUUUGGAAAGGUAAAAAAGUUUUUAUUUGGCUGCGAUAGUUAUCAAAUGAAAGUACCCGGCCCUAAAAUUCCAUUCGUACAUCAUGUAACAAAGAACUUCCGCGAAUACAAAACGAAGGAAAUCGAAAGGUUUAUUUGCGAUGCAGUAAAGACGGAAACUGUGGUUUCUGGUUAUCUCAUGUAUGAGUGUCCUAAAAAUGGAAGUAUAAAGGUUCUAGAUCCAGCGUGCGUUUCGCACAACACAAAUUGCUCAUUUGAAUUGGACAACCUCGCCGCUGAAAUCGAGUUUGAAAAUGAUACCAUGUUCGUGGAUUUUCAAGAUAUGCUCACGAAAGGAAAACAGUCCACCCUUGCUCAGUUGGAUCUGAAUAAGGCAGAAAUAAAGUUUGACAGUGCUGUAUGGCAGUUAGAGCUGGCUCGUGCACGGCUUCAGCAGCGUGAGUUUACUCGAAAAGCCAUUAAUCUCAACACGGUGAAACAGAGGGAAAAACUGGGACUAAAACUUGGUAAAAACAUGAAAAAGCGUAAAGGAAAACCAUUGAUCUACGUAGAGAGUCUUGCUUUCCUUGUGGCCCUGAGCUCGUCAUCAACGAAAACGCGAUUUCCCCUCACAGCUUACGUCAGAACAUUCGAAGGCUCACAAAAAGAAAUUCAGUUUCCAAUGGACUUUAGAAACGAACAAGGUUCUCUGGCCUUAGCAUCAAAACGUAUUAUUGAGACGCUCUUUGGAACAUCAAACGGAAGAAGACGUAGGUCAGUAAGAGAGGAACCCAUCGUCUCCAAAACAAAUGACACCAACUUCUCUGUUGAAGGACACGAAUGUCAUCUUUCUAAAGAGGCCAACAUUAUAUUCUCUGAUAUCGUUGAGUCCAUGGAUUUUUCAAUCAAAAGUAAAAGGGAAAUUGAUCAAGCUGUUUUUGCAGGCAACAGACGAAUAGAAGAGCUCGAUUAUUACAACAACAACGAUGGGAACACCUCUUACAGCGAUAUGAGACGGUUUCUCAAGGAUGCUCAGCUUAACACCUCAGGAGCAACGUCUUGGAGUGACAUAUUAAAUGAUGCACGUGGAUUUCUCGAUUUCUUGACGCAGAAGAAGAACUUUACGCAAUGCUCAGGGAUUCUUGAUUGUGUGGACUUCUUCUUUGACAGCCUACAAGAAAUGUAUGAAAUGGAAAAUCACCCCAGAGCCAUUAAAAUAAAAGAAGCGCUUCGGUCUUUAAACAAGAUAAUUAGCAGUAUUUUGAGGGAGAAUAUUACUGUGUCAUUGUUGGAAAGGAAGCUAUCGCAAGCGAGGUUUUUCAUUAGUGGAAGCAAUGAUGAGAUGAUACUUUGUGGUCAGAAACCCACAAUCAAGAAGAAUUCUCCUGCGAAAGUUGUCACGCUUCUUGGCGGAGAUAUUGAUUUUGUGUGUGAGGUUGAAAGCACUCUGGAAGUUGAAUACAUGUGGACGAAGAACGGAGAGCUUCUAGAAGGAGAAAAUGGGACCAUACUUGAGCUAAGAAGUGUCACCGAACAUAGUGAAGGAGCCUACAAGUGUCACGCUUCCAAUACAAGAGGGAGUACAGUAUCUAAUGUCACCAUCCUGGUUGUGCAUCAAAAACCACAUAUUACCGAACACCCAUUUGAUAAUCAGAAGCUCGUUGGCGAUGAAAAUGUGUGGAUGGUCUGCAACAGCACUGGCGUUCCAAGGCCAUCAACAGAGUGGUUUUUUACUCCAAUGAAAGGGAUGGGCCAGUAUGCUGUUCGGCUCAACGUGACGGGUCCAGUUCUAGAAAUAGGAAAUCCGACGACAGAAAAUGCUGGCUUUUAUUACUGCAACGUGUCUAAUUUACAUGGUGCUGUUCAAAGUAGAAUUGCACGACUGGACAUUUCAAGAUUCAUCCCGGGCGUACCUAGAAUUGCUCUCAGUGUAAAACUAAAGCAGUGCAUUUCCACGCCCUCUGUUGUAAACAGCAGCUUAGAUAAUUGCAAAGGAAAUAAAAUAGACAAAUUCCAACAGAUAGAUACCAUGGGCUACCGACAUAUUACUCAAAAAAUUUUGGAGCAAAUGAGUUGGCCAGUGAAAAAAACACAUGAUGAGUAUUACACACCAUUUCCAGCUGCUGUGAUCUCGUUCGUUCUUCACGGCGAAGAUCCUAUCACACCAGAGGGAAAGAAACUCGAAGCACUCAAUGAAUUCUCACUUUCUAGAAUACGCAUAGGAAACAGUAUAGAGAGGCUUUAUGCUUCUCUAAAGGACGAAAAGGUGAAGACGCGUUGGGGAAACUUGACAAUAACUGGUGACGAGGAUGGCCUUGUUGUCGAAUUUCCUUCACAAAAAUGUCCAAGUGGCACGAGAACUCAUGAAGAUGGGUAUUUAUGCGGUAAGAUUGAAAAUUCAAAAAACUGAAAAUCGAAAAAUUAUCAAAAUGACUCUUGCAAUUUUUUAUUUUUUUAAAAAAUUUGACUGAUCAUCAUUUUCCAUCUUUUAUUGAAAAACGGUAUUUAAGUGGGAUAUUAAGCUCCUCUAUUUUAUAGGCCUUUGUUUUAUUUAUUGCUUUGGUUUUGAAAUUAUGAUUUUCAACUUCUUCGUGGCACACUCUCUGUCUAUUAAAAAUGGCAGGUUCCUCCACUAAAAUUGUGGGGAUCGUCCAGUGCCACGUCAAGCAAUGUUUAUUGAAUAUAUUGGGAGAUAUAAACAGAUUAAUUGGACAGUUUACUCAGUUAGUAACUGCUAACUUAUGAAUAGUACUCACCUUAAUACAUUUCAGUGUAUUGUCCACCUGGUUACUACGAAAUCGGAAAUAGAACUUGUGAACCAUGCCCUGUUGGCACAUAUCAGCCUGAUGACGGGAGCACAAAAUGUGUCAAGUGCCCUCAUCGAGUUUCAUAUACAGAGCCUGGAGCGGCACGAGAAUCUCUCUGCAUCGAUAUAUGUGAGCACAAGAGAUAAGUUUCUAAUAGUAGUUAAUCCUUCCUUAGGCUCAAGGUAUCUGCAUCUUGUCGCCCAGGUAUUAUUGCUUAGAGUUUGUUUUAAGGAAAAUUUAUCAAAGAGCACCAAACUAUCAACACCCAAACUCGAAAUUGGACACAAGUUUACCUUGAAGCAACACGCAGUUGUCUGCGUAAAAUUCACACCUCCUAGUCUUCUCACUUUUUUAUACAGUACUGUGUUAUCUGCUCUUUUAUUCAGCCAAACCAUGCACCAAGCCUCCUAAAAUAGACGUCGUCCAUGCUCAACUGCCAAAUAGCACAAAAACUCUCUAUCGUAGCGGUCAAACCUUUGAAUUUGAAUGUCAGCGUGGGUACAAAGUCCAAGGAAAUGCAACAACAGAGUGUAAAGAAGGAAACUGGACCAAGUCUGACUUUCACUGUGAAGGUGAGUUCAUUCAAAUUAAGUUUAUCAAAUAUCGUCUGUACUGGUGCAUUCACCUUAUACAUUUUGUCAAAACCUAACCCCUCUUGUGGUUGACGGCGGGAGAAUGGAUGGCAAGAUAAUAGCUUAAGUUGGACCUAAGGUAACAUCACGGGGAAUAUUUGAACCCGAGCCUAACAAAACCUUUAGAACUCUCACCCAUAAUUUCGGUAGGGAAAAAAGGACGACUUAAUAUUUCAUAAGGAAUGGGAAAUGCAUGAUAUCCUUUUGUAACUGUGAAUCUCUUAAGACAACUAUUUUUGGUUUUUUUUUCGAGAACUAAAUUUACUCCCUCUUGCAUGUGGAAUGAUUGUUAAUGCAAGACUCUUGAUUUCCUUUUUAAUGCAGAGACUUGCUAUCCACCCUGGACUGAGCUAAAGAAGCAUUGCUACUUGGUGGUAGAGGCACAGGGCCACCGUUGGAUGGACGCACUGAGCCAAUGUCUAAGCCUCAAUUCACAGAUGGUCAUCAUAUCCUCAGAGGAGGAAAACGAAUUUGUCAAACAGCUUUCUAAGGUAUUGGUUUUUUUCUAAUGUAUUGGCAUGCGCAGUGGCAUAGUAACGUGUACGUGCAUGACAAAUUCAAGGCUGUUCCUUUCAGUGUUCUUUUCCGCGGAAAUCAAUGUAAGCUUAAGCACCUAUGAAGAGAGGGCUUUGCCAUAUCACUGAUCCUUUCCCGCGCUUUUUCAAUUGAAAUGAAUAGGAUAAUUCAUUAAAACUACAUAAACCGACACAUGGUGUCAUAAACAAACUAUUUAUUAAGCAAAUAGAAAAGUUUGACCCGAGAUACUUACCCUUGUUGAACCAAAGAAGUAAAAUAACUGAAUUAAAGUAAAUAACGAGUGAAAACUAAAUCCAUAGUCAAUGAGUUCCAAAGUUACAGAGAAAUAUUUUGACUUAUUUAAUUUUAUUUGUAAAGUUUUUGCGAAAAUAUACGACUUCUAUAAAAGAUUCUAAAAGAUUAUAACUUUGAACUCGGUCGUCGAAGUAAGAAAUGUAUGGUUCGAACGUUUGAUUAAGGCAGUAGUGAUUAAACUCUGCGGCUUAGUUUCCACUGACAUGAGGCCAAAUUUCAGGUUUAUCUUAGAGAGAAGAAAUGGACCCAAGCUCAGAUGUGGCUCGGGCUAAGGAAGAUGCACGCCAUUGGUAAUUUUCUAUGGGUUGAUGGGAGUCCUUUAAAGGGAUACACUAACUGGAUCCCUGGAGAACCGAACAACGCGAGAGGUCAAGAACUGUGUACCGAGAUUUUGGUCUCUGGUAAAUACCGGUUGGGCAAGUGGAACGACGUGAAUUGCAACAUAGUCCAUUACAAACCUCUUAUGGUCUGUGAGAAACCCCUCCGACAAGCAGAGUAAAAGUACUGAUUUAGUUGCUUUCCGCAAUUUUUAAGAUACAUUUUGCUGAUUAGUUCUGUAGCUGUGCGGGAAGAUAAAAAGCAAAGGAGGUGUGCGCAUUUAGCAUACUUGUCAUAAAAAUACAAUUUUAUUGAUUGUGAUUGCUUACGCUAAUUCAGAAAUAGACAAGUUGACCUUCCCUUUACAUUUUACUUUACAGAUCAGUUAAUAUAUUCUAUCACCAUCAGAAAUGUAUAAGUGUAAAAUCAGUGCAGUUUAGCACUUUUUUUCGUGGUGGCUGCACGAGUAAGC